CAGAACCCGGGAAGCUGCUGCGCUGGCCAUGGCUGCGCCGAGUCCCGGCCCCCGCGAGGUCCUGGCCUGCUCCCCAGAAGCUGGACGCAGAGCAGCUGCCUCAAGGUCCGGUCGCCACAGCCUCCUCUGGCGAUUGCGAGACAAGCAGUGCCGCCUGGGCCUGUUUGAAAUUGGGCCAGGCCAUGAGCUGCAUGGGUUAACAUGCAUGAUGCAGGCAGGGCUGUGGGCUGCCACCCAGGCCACCAUAGACCACCCGCCCACGGGCCCAUCCAGCCAGGAGGAUUUUUCAGAAGUUCUGACCCAGGUUCACGAGGGCUUUGAGCUGGGCACCCUGGCAGGGCCGGCCUUCGCUAGGCUUCGCCGCUCCCUUGGCCUGGCUGAGGAGGACUAUCAGGCGGCCCUGGGCCCUGGAGGCCCCUACCUGCAGUUCCUGGGCACCUCCAAGAGCAGCGCCAGCUUCUUCCUGUCCCACGACCAGCGCUUUUUCCUGAAGACACAACUGCGCCGGGAGAUGCGGGCGCUGCUCGCCCACCUGCCCCGCUACGUGCAGCACCUGCAGCGGUACCCGCACUCGCUGCUCGCCCGGUUGCUAGGAAUGCACAGCCUGCGAGUGGCCCAGGGCAGGAAGAAAUACUUCAUCAUCAUGCAGAGCGUCUUCUACCCGACUGGCCGCAUCGCUGAGAGGUAUGACAUCAAGGGCUGUGAGGUGAACCGCUGGGUGGAACCAGCCCCCAAGGGCAGCUCCCUAGUCCUGGUGCUGAAGGACCUCAACUUUGAGGGCAGAACCAUUAACCUUGGGCCCCAAAGGAGCUGGCUGCUCCGCCAGAUGGAACUGGACACUACCUUCCUCCGGGAGCUCAACAUGCUGGACUAUAGCCUCCUGCUGGCCUUCCAGGGCCUCCACCAGGACGAGAAUGGCCCGGGCAGCAGUCUCAUCUUCUGCGUGACCAGGUCUGUGCAGGGGACGUACAGCCCGGAGGAGCCAGAAGCUCAGAAUCGCCGGCUGCUGCCAGACGUCCCCAACGCCCUGCACGUCCUCGACGGGCCCGAGCAACGCUAUUUCCUGGGCUUCGUGGACCUCGCCACGGCCUACGGGCUCCGCAAGCGGCUGGAGCACCUGUGGAAGACGCUGCGCUACCCGGGCCGGACCUUCUCUACCGUCAGCCCGGCUCACUACGCCCGUCGCCUCUGCCAGUGGGUGGAGGCGCACACCGAGUGACCGGAGCCCGGCCACACUCACCCCAUCCGACCCUGGGAGCUCGCGGUCGGGCUCUCCUCGCCGCCGUCCCUCCUGAUGGCCGGCAGAGGGCAGCAUCCCCUAGCACAAUAGCAGCACUGCCCAUCGAGUCCGCUGCAUUAGCUCGUUUACCUCCCCAGAGCGCCUCUUCUCUUUAUACAGACCUUCAGAUGAUGAUGGGGGCGGGGGGCGACGGGAAUCGAGGGAGCGAUCACGCAGCAAUAAAUGCUUGAGCCCAGGCCUUGUGAAUUCAGGAGACUGUUUCUUAACCAACAGCCCCCCAAACCCCUGUUUCUGGGGAAGGAGCGGCCAGAGAUACCAACUCCCUCAUCCAGCUUACCCAGGGGAAGCUCCAGCCAGGCCUCUGACCCAGAUCCAGUCUGAUGGGCUGCACCCAAGCUUCUUCCAGAGCUGUGUGACCAGGGCAAGG